AUAUCACUUGUUAGGAUUCCAUUUAGUAGGGCAACUGAACUAGCAGAGAAAUUCAAGAUAUUGGAUGUCCUGUACCCGUUGUUUGUUGAAGAACCCUCUGUUUACUUGUGUAAUCCUAUUGGUAAUGGACAAAGUGUAAAUGGUGAAGUGAUACCUUCUGUCACGAACAAGUGUAACAUGGUAUCAUCCCCUCUUCCCCCUUUUAAUAACAACAACAGUCAUCGCACACAACAAGAGGAAUAUUCCCCUUCAAUUCCAAAUUGGGAUAGUAGACCUUCUUAUUUAAAUUCUCAUUACGAUCACCACCACCCCUUAAACCGAGUUCAUCAGCAUUCAACAGAUGAAAGCGACAUGUACUUGUUUAACGGACAUACAAACCGAGGUAGUUUCAGCAGUGUAUCUAGUCAUCAGUCCUAUCUCUACCCUGUACAUCAACAACAUAAUGAAGAAGAGAGAGAAUCUGUUACCACACCUACCUCGUAUGUCGAUCAGAUAUACCAUCACACUCUUACUAAUCGAUCCUUUGAUUCUAAUAAAUAUACUUCAUCACCCUAUAUCAAGUCAUCACCUUAUACCAAUCAUCACAUCAACACUACUACUACUACUACUACUACUACUACAAACCCUCGUGUGGGCAUCCUUCCUCCUCCUCCCCCUUCCACCGCCACCAGCAACACCACUACUGCUGCUACCUCUGGUGCUGCUGUUACCACCACCACUGCUGCUGUCACCUCUGGUGUGACUACGAGUGAUGGACGAAGUGUGACUGGAUCUACCACCCCAUCGUCUUGGUUCUCACCCGAAACACCUACGGCUGUAUUGUUUGGAAAGGAAGACAUGGUGACAGGUUUAAAAAGGAGAAAGACUUCUACUUGCUCUCUUGAUUCUCGUGUUACAAGAAGACUUAAAAUUGAACAAGAUUAAUUUUAUAAAUAUAUCCCCCCCCCCCAUUUCCCAUAUUGCAUUUUGAUUCAUUACACACACACAAAAAAAAAAAAAAUCCCUUCAUU